AUGGAUCCAGCGAACAGCUCUGUGGUAACUGAAUUUGUGUUACUGGGACUUGCACAAUCCUUAGGAAUGCAGUUUUUCUUUUUCAUCUUCUUCUCUUUAUUCUAUAUGGGAAUUAUCCUAGGAAACCUCUUCAUUGUGUUCACAGUGGUUCUUGAUUCCCACCUACACUCCCCGAUGUAUAUUUUGUUGGCCAACCUUUCUCUCAUUGACCUGGGUCUGUCAUCCACCACAGUUCCUCGAACGAUACUGGACCUUUUCAGUAACAUUAGAAUCAUUCCUUUCCACAGCUGCAUGACACAAAUGUUCUUUAUCCAUGUCAUGGGUGGAGUUGAGAUGGUGCUGCUCAUAGCCAUGGCAUAUGACAGGUACAUAGCAAUCUGCAAGCCUCUUCAUUAUCUAACUAUUAUGAGUCCCAGAGUAUGUGUGCUUUUGGUGGUGGCUGCUUGGAUCAUUGGGAUGAUGCAUGCUGUAUUCCAGUUUGUUUUUGUCAUAAACCUACCUUUCUGUGGUCCUAAUAAUGUGGGCAGCUUCUACUGUGAUUUUCCUCGGCUUAUUAAACUUGCCUGCAAGGACACCUAUGGACUAGAAUUUGUGGUCACUGCCAACAGUGGUUUCAUCUCAAUGGGAACUUUCUUUUUCUUAAUUGUGUCUUAUAUAUUUAUUCUGGCCACUGUCCGACAACACUCUUCAAAGGAUUUAUCCAAAGCAUUCUUUACUUUGUCAGCCCACAUCACUGUGGUGGUUCUGUUUUUUGCUCCGUGCAUGUUUCUGUAUGUGUGGCCUUUCCCCACCAUGUCACUGGACAAAUUUUUUGCCAUCGUAGACUUUGUGGUCACUCCUGUCUUAAAUCCUGCCAUCUAUACAUUAAGAAACAGAGAAAUGAAGAUGGCAAUGAGAAAGCUGUGUCGACAAGUUGUAAAUGCUAGGGAGAUGACCUGA